GGGGAUUACCCGGCCAGCAGCUCCAUGCUGUCAUGUGUUGCAGCUUAUAUCUCAAGUUGUAAAGUGUGCCAGUGUGUAGUAUAUAGAUUUCUCAGAGUACAAACAUUCAUUCAUUAAAUGUCAAAUCGAUUGAUUUUUUUUCUCGUCAGCUGUCAGGCUCUGUGAUUGGUUGAAGGACUCUUUGAUGUGUCGGAUAUUUUCCCUCCUCCUGAAAACAUUGUAUAUAUUACAAUGUGUUUAUAGUUUUGCUAUAGAAUUCACCCCAAAGCAGAUGAUGUAUGAGAACUUUGCAUUUAUUUUCACUGGAAUUUUGUGGAAGUGACGUUUGAUUCAUUCUUGGCUAUGGAAAACGUGAUUUUUUGGACAUAAAACAUUUUAACAGAAAGAAAGGCUUUCUUUGCUGUGCAAUUGUCACUGCUUCCUUAUUGCUCUAGAUAUGUUAUUUGACAGAACAAGUACUUUUCAAAUAUAUACAAUAUUUUACCUUGGGAGGAAUACAAGAGGACGUUUUGUCAUUUUUCAGGUGUGAAGAAUUAAUAACUGUAACAGUGCAUGGAGGUAGAUAUUGAUUUUUCAAGUUAUUGCUUUUAAUCUCCAGGAAAUUCUAUUGUCUCUGCGAGUAAGCAGAUGAGGAGUGGGAAUCUUUAGGUUUAUGGAAGUAAAAAAGGAAAAAAAAAAAUUGGUCAAUAUUCAAUCUUGGAAAUUGGGUCCUUUUUCUACCAGCAUCUGGUUUCAUGGAGGGUGCCAUAUUGGAGGUGAUCUGACCCAGUAACCAAAGAAAUGUUUGACUUUGUCACAGAACAAUUGCUUGUGUGUGUGGAGUGCAGACUAAAGGAUUGAUUUCAUUGUUCUCUUGAGCUGCUAAACUGAGGCAUGUUCUAGGUACAAUGCUAGCGACAUAGUUCUUGAGUGUAUAAUCUCGCUGUAGCAUGUAAUUCGGCUUGGAGAUCAUAAUUAAGUUAUGGUGGCAAAGAAACAAUUACAGAGAGGACAAGCCUGAAAAAAAAAAUAUGCAUCUGUUUCGAAGAUCUAGAAGUAGGUCUCCAUCUUUUGAAAUUCCAAAGCUCUGUCUUUCAAAGCAAAAACACGUUUCAAUUGAGGAACCAAGUCCUAGCGCUUCCAUUGGCCUGGAGGUCCCUCUUGAACACAGGGGAAGGUCCACAAGUUUUGAUUCCAGUUCUCUGUGUUCGGAGAACAAUGAGUUUCUCCAGGUUCCUAUGACAGGGAGGCGAUGUCACUCCUUUGAUUCUUGCACGAUUGGAUCUCGUAGUUGGAGUGCCGAGUCUUCUGAUGACAAUGGCUCUGAGAGAGAGACCAGAAGUUGGAACAGUUUACGGAUUCCGAGAGCAAAGAGAAGGACUUCGAUGGAUAUUCCUAAACUGUGCAUCCAUUGUGUUCACAUGGAAAGAUAUGCAGAGAGAGAACACGGGGGCUUAAAUGGAAAUGGAUAUUAUAACGGCAGUGAGGAAUACCUGGCUUCGUCCAGCACUAGUUAUACCACAUCGUCAGAUGACGGCUCCUUAACCUCAGACAUAGACUUUUAUCUGUCGGAUGAAUCCUCACAAGGAGAUCAUGGUGACAAGGAGAGUGACGCUGAGCCCUACUCAAAGGACUCAGCCAGGAACAAGAGCUGCUCGCCAGAUUGUGGUUAUCCAAGGAGUUCCCACUCACAUUCUCCUUCUCCGGAAGACCGCAAAUCUCCCAAAGAGGACCGCCCUUACACGAACGCUGUCACCUUAGAAGUCCCUGUUAUCCGGCAACAUCGCUCCACUUCUCUAGAUGGAGCUUUAUUGCAAUCCAACUCAAGUUCAGAGGUCACAGCUUUGCCGGUUAAUGCUAACCGUGGAAUGGUGCAGAGACAGGACUCUUUUGAUGAGGGGUUGCUAGAUGUGAAUUUGAAGUCGCAGGUUCGAUCCACAUCUGUGGAUGUUAAUUUACCCACAGAGGAGGAGAAGCAUUAUAAAGCUAUUACAGCAUCACCGGAGCCCAAUGGUUGUUUCUUGACAAGGUCAAAUGCAAUUAAAGAUCCCAGGAAAGCCAUUUCAAAGAGCACUUUCAGCAACACAAACUAUCUUCAUCCAAGCCAUGCAGAGCAAUCAGGCUUCAGGAGAAGGGAACUCAGGUCAACAGUCGAUUGGUCGGACCAAGCAGUCAACAGUGAUCACAUGUGGGUGGAAACCAAUGCAUCGGGCGAUUACUGCUACGCCAUGGAGCCGGAUUGUCUGAAAACUGGACCAAGAAAGAAAUGUGUUGCUUGUAAAAUUGUGGCUCAUACCAUGUGUAUUCCUCUUCUGGAGAAGAAAAACCUUAGAUGUAAACCAACAUUCCGUGAAGCAGGUGUAAGAAACUAUCGAGAGGACAAUGACUGUGAACCCUCGCAAACCUUUAUGAGACAUCACUGGGUUCAUAGACGAAGACAAGAGGGCAAAUGUAAACAGUGUGGAAAGUCAUUCCAGCAAAGAUUUGCGUUCCAGAGCAAGGAGAUCAUUGCUAUCAGUUGUUCAUGGUGCAAGGCAGCUUAUCACAACAAAGUCUCCUGCUUUCUGAUGCAGCACAUCGAAGAGCAAUGCACUCUGGGAGCUCACCAGAGCAUCAUUGUGCCUCCAUCUUGGAUCAUCAAGCUUCCAAAAAAAGGGUCUUUCAAAUCAUCUCUGCGAAAAAAGAGGCGGGCCUCUAUAAAACGGAAAAAAGCCAAGGAAGAAAAUCGUCCAUUUAUUAUCAAGCCCAUUCCCUCCCCACUCCUGAAGCCCCUGAUAGUCUUCAUCAACCCUAAAAGUGGGGGAAACCAGGGGGCCAAACUCAUGCACAAAUUUUGCUGGUGGUUGAACCCUCGGCAAGUGUUUGAUCUUUCUCAUGGUGGACCUCGAGCAGGACUUGAGCUGUACAAGAAAGUGCCUAACUUGAGAAUCCUGGCCUGUGGGGGUGAUGGAACUGUUGGCUGGAUCUUGUCCGAAAUCGACAGCCUGGGCAUUAAACCUCCCCCUCCUGUUGCCAUCAUGCCGCUGGGCACCGGCAAUGACCUCUCGCGCACCCUGAACUGGGGAGGGGGAUAUGCAGAUGAACCAAUCACAAAAAUCCUUAGUUAUGUCGAAGAGGGCCAAGUCGUACAGUUAGACAGAUGGAACAUAGAAGUUUCGACGAAUGUGGUGACGGACUCUGAGAUCUGCGAUGAGCCCCUGGUGACCGAUCAACUCCCUCUGAAUGUGUUCAACAACUACUUCAGUCUCGGAGCAGAUGCUCACGUGGCCCUGGAAUUUCAUGAGAGCAGAGAGGCAAAUCCAGAGAAAUUCAACAGUCGGUUUUGGAACAAAAUGUUUUAUGCAGGUGCAGGAGGUAGGGACAUGCUGAGGAGAAGUUGGAAGGGCCUGGCUGACCACAUACAACUGAUUUGUGAUGGGCAAGACCUUACCACCAAAGUCCAGGAAAUGAAACUCCAUUGUUUGUUAUUUCUAAACAUUCCAAGGUAUGCAAGUGGAACGUUACCCUGGGGUAAUCCUAACACCCCUGGAUUUGAACCUCAGCGUCAUGACGACGGGUAUCUGGAGGUGAUUGGUUUCACCUACUCCUCUCUGGCAACCUUAUACAUGGGGGGUCAUGGGGAGAGGCUGAUACAGUGCAGUGAAAUCAAGCUGAAAACCCUCAAGGCUAUUCCCAUGCAGUUGGACGGCGAGCCGUGCAGGCUCCGACCCUCCACCAUUGUGAUUACGGCUCGUAACCAAGCCAACAUGAUCGCCAAACCAAAGAGGAGGGGCUCCGUCCCCAUAGCCAAUGAUCUGGCUCUGUUGAAGACUGAUUUGAGUCCCCCCUCCAUGCCCGAACGACUCCGAAUACAGGUCAGCCGUAUCAGUAUGGCCGACUACGAACAGCUAAAUUACGACAAAGACCGCCUCCGGGGAGCGUCCAUUCCUCUAGGUCUCAUUGUAGUUGAUAAUAAUGCCGACUUGGACCAAGUUCGGCAAAUUAUCAACAAACUUCAGCAGGGAAACAACGAAUUAAACUCUUCUUCUCAACCACUUUCUUCAAAAUGGUGCUUCUUAGAUUCUACAACGGCCGAGAGGUUUUUUCGCAUUGAUAAAGCACAGGAGCAUUUGCACUACAUCACGGACAUUUCUUCGGAAGACCUGUACAUCCUGGAUCCAGACAUGGCCAGCACUCAGCAUCAACAUUCCAUCGGAAACGGGGAGGUGGCCAAAGCGGGCCAAGACAAAGGGCUGGUCUUCACGUUUACCAUGCCUGACACCCCACCAAAGUCCCCAGGAAUAUCGGACACAAAACACAACAACAAUGAGGAAAAGCACUCGUCCCUACCAGUGCCAAAGUCUCCAGGGGAGAAUAGGAUCAUUCUACCUCGGCCGGAGAGUAAGGAAAAUUUACUCAACCCACCCUCCCCCGGCUCCAAUAACAGUCAUAUGCCCUUGUGUCGAGCUAGCCCGCAUAAGGGCACAUGGGUCUGUGUUCGCGUGGCAGACCCAAGCUUUCUUCGUCAUUCUUUGGGCUCUGAGCCUGGGACACCUAAUUCUCCGUACGAGUACGAUUCAAAACAGUACCAGUUUAUGUCUGUAGCCAACGCAACAGCAGCUGGAAAAGCCAAAAAACUCACUCCUGCAGACAAAGGUUUGAUUGAUGCAUCAAAAAGGGGAGAUUUGACCAAGCUGGUGGAGCUAUUCUGUAACCAAGAUGCUGAUCUCCUAGCAACGGAUCAGUAUGGCAUGACCUCUCUUCACCAUGCUGCACGGUUUGGGCACAAGGGCAUUGUCAAGUAUCUCAUAGAGAAUGCCCCACCAGUCAUCUUAGAUAUGGUGGAUUAUGAAAAAGGACAGACAGCCCUCCAUAAGGCGGCUUGGUACCAGAGGAGGACUAUAUGUUACAUGUUGGUGGAGGCGGGGGCCUCACUAACGAGGACCGAUUAUCAGGGAAACACGCCUCGGCUUCAGGCUCUGAGGGCCGAGGACAAAGAGUUAGCCGCUUAUUUAGAAAAAAGAGCAUGACUUUGUAGGUCAGGAGCAUUUUCAAUUGGUUGUGUCGGAGGACCAGGAAACAGCUGUUUGACCGUUUACAAGCUGUUACUAGUGUGGCCAACAUAUUGUGAUAAAAAACAGUCGAUGAUGAACUCUCAAUGUUUGGUCCAAAAUUGUGAUAUUUCUGACAACUUUCCACUUUUUCCAUUUUUUUCCUCCUUUGUGUUGUUUGUAUUCAAGCCAGAAACAAUGUGUAGUGAGUUUACAGAAACAAUGUGUAGUGAGUUUAUCGAAAUGAAAUUUUGUAAGAUGCAAGAAAGUAUUUUUUCUCUAUCAUUCUUAUGUAUACUUUUCAUAGUUUUUUCCCUUGGGAUUUUUUUGUCUGGUUCCCAUACCAGUUGACUGUGAUAUAUUCGCUGUAUAAAAUGUCAUUUUCACUUGGUAUCAUUUUGCGAUACUAAUGACAUGAUGUUUGAAAUAUUUGGAAUAAUUUUGUUAUUUAAAAUUUGGCAUAUUUUUUGAAAUCUACUCAUCAUUGUAGUAGUUAAAAGAAAAACCAUUGCUGUUGUUUUUUCUUUACUUGUAUGUAGUUCUUUUUUUCCUUCUAAAAAAUGUACAUUAAGAUAAAUAUUUGAGGAAGUUUUUUGCAGGAGAACAAAAGUCUGUGUUUUUUUCCUACUAAACUGAUCUCCUCUGUUUUUGCACUGAAUUAUGUGGAGCAGAAGAGAAGUUUCAGUGGUAUGUUCAUUACUACACAUAUCUUUUGUUUUUGUUUUUUGAUUGAAAUAAAACUUUUUUUUUAUUCGAUGGAUGAAUAUUAGAGAAUACAAUUUCUGAGCAAGCUGGGUUUUUCUUGCUAAUCAAGCAGUGCUUGAAGUUAGGUCUUUGUGAUCAUUUGAAUCAACCAUAUCAUGCGUGGGUAUAAAUAUAUUUUACUACCAUUUUGAAUGAAAAUGAUAUCUGUUCAAUAUGUUGUUAUGUUUGUUGUUCUUAUUCAAAGUUGUUAUAGCUUAAUCCGAAAAAAAAACACCACAGAAAAUCUUCCAUUUUUCCCUAUUUGAAUGAUAUUGCUUAAUUCUUGCACAUUUUUGCAUAUUUAAAUGGUGUAAAUUGAUGUUGAGUGUAUCAUAAGCAUCUUUAUAUUUCAAUGUGUAUCUACUCGAAACAACAGAUUUUUUUCUUCAUUUUUUAAACUGUUUAAAAGCAAUUUGUCAUUGAAAGCUGGAUCAGAUUUUUGGUUUUUUGUGUUUUUUUGUACAUUGUUUAAUUUCUUAUUAAUAGUUUAAUUUAAGUACAUGCAAUACACCUUUUGUAGUAAAAUGGUUCAUUUUGUACUCAUUUUAUGCAUAUAGUUUAUUUUGGAGACGGUCCCAUUCCAAAGCAAACUAUUGUAUACCACAGCAUUAUGAAGUCAUAUAGUUGAUAAGUUACUAGUAUCUAUUACAUUCCCUAUGCAAAGUUGUGUUUAUUUGACAUAAUUUGUUUCAAUGAUAUUUUGCAAAGCAUAUUUUUGAAAUAAAUGUCUGCAGACACUGCGUGACUGCAUGUAUUUACUUUCUUUCUUUUUAUAUUUCUUAACGUUUUUCUACCAUCUGUAAGAUAUAGAUUAUUUUUCCUUAAUGGUAAAAUCCCGAAUUUUGAAGAAAGCAGGAACUGUUGUUGCUUUUUUAACAAUUAUUCGUCAUUCUAUGAUGUAGAAUUUUUUCUUUAAUUAGGAAUUCCAUUAUGUAUCGUGGUAAAUUGGUGAAUAUUUUUCAAUUAGAAUACGUUUUUAGUGUCCAUUCAGCUUUGUAUUUAUAAAUGUAGUAAAUUGGUUGGCAAAAAAUCGAUUUUUUUUAUGUUAUAAGGGGAUUAAUUACAGAUAAAUAAAAUUUUGAAUUUUCCUUUUUUGUAAAAUGCUGUCCAGACAAGUGAUGUUAACAGAGUAAGUAGGUAUUAUUUAUCAAUAUAUGAUGUAGUUUUCAUAAUUAUUUCAUAAUUUAUGUAUAAGAUGUAGAAACACACUUUUUUUACUUUACUUUAUCUUCUGCAAAUUUAAUUAAAAAUUGUGAAUUUUCCAA